AUGAUUUCAAAUAACUCAAUUAAUUCAAUUGAUUCAAUUGAUUCUUCAACCGCAAAUUUGACAACCAAAUCCAUCAAAAAAAUGUCAUAUAAUCCAAUAAAAAUAAUAAAACCAUCAUACUUAAAAACUUUAACGUCAUUAACCAAAAAUAGAAUUAUACCAAUUGAUUCAACAUGGUUUAUGCCAAAUGUUUCAAGAAAUGCACAACAAGAAUUUGACAAAGAACAUAUCCCACAAGCAAAAUUUUUCAAUUUAGAUAAAUAUAUAAGAGAUUCAGCAUAUCCUCAUAUGUUACCUACUCAAACUAUAAUUAAUCAAGCGUAUAAAGAUUUAAAAAUUUCUCACACUGAUUCUUUAAUUGUUUAUGAUAAAUUGGGGAAUUUUUCAAGCCCUCGUUGUGCUUUUACUUUUAAAUUGGGUGGUCAUGAAAAUGUUUAUUUAUUAGAUAACUUCAAUACUUAUAAAAAACUGGGUUUAGAAACUACAUCAAUUGAUGAAUCGCAACCAAAAGAUGAAGAACCAAUUGAAUCUAAUUCAAUUGAUCAAUACGAAGAAAAUUAUAAUAAUCAAGUAAUUGAAUAUGAAGAUCUCGUGUCUUUGAUAGAAAAUGAUCAAAUUAAAGAUUAUUUAAUUAUUGAUGCAAGAUCAAAUGAUAGAUUUACUGGUAAACUGCCAGAACCAAGACCAGGAUUAAGUUCUGGUCAUAUUCCAACUGCUAAAAAUUUACCAUUCACUAAAUUAUUAGAUUCUAAUAAAGAUAAUGAAUUUAAAACUAAACAAGAAAUUACAAAGGAAUUAGAAUUUAUUGGGAUAAAUUUAAAUACUUUAAAUAAAGAUUAUCCAAAAGGUUUAAUUGUAAUGUGUGGAACUGGAGUAACUGCAUGUAUUUUGAAAUUAGCAUUUGAAUCAAUUGUUGGUAUUGAAGCACCAAUUAAACUUUAUGAUGGAAGUUGGACUGAAUGGGCAAUGAGAGCUCCUGAUAAGUACAUAGUUAAAGAUGUCUGA